AUGCACCUAGCUUUUAGUAACUUCCGUGAGUUCCCAUUUUUGAUUUAUGCGCAAAUUUUGUAGGUAGAGAAGACUCACAACCUCUUUUGACGGAUAAUGAUGUCGAUAGCGAGUGUGGUGUGGGAAACGAACAUCCCGUCGCAGGCCAGUCAGAUACGAAUGACUUAAUACCAGUGCCAGUCUCCUCAGAAUUCGAUGGCAGGUCAGGAUUGCGUGAUAGAGCUCCAAGUGUAAGAUAUUUUUUAUUUGGCUUUAUAAUUUAGUCAAAUUAAUAUGUCGCACAUCAAUCACCCUCUAAUUGCCACUCUAUUUCAACGGAUUUUAAGGUAGCAUCUUCUAACGACCCCACAAGGUGGGCACAGCAAUGAAUCGCGAAUAAACUUUCGGCCGGCACUUACGAAAGAUGAUAUAAGAGGAAUAUGUUAACUCACAGUGUUUCUUCUAGUGAAAAGUAGAAAACAGUAGAAAGAGCUAGAAAAAUAGAAUUAAGUGUAAUUUCCACCUAUCGGAAAAGUGAUUUCAUGAAAAGUGGGACCAUAAGCGUUACUGUCCCUCAACUGUUCGGCAUUAUUCAAUUUUACUGUGAGUUUGACGCAUGUGAUGAAGUGUGGAUGCAACACAGUUAGGGAUCAUGAAACGUUGACUUCUCUUACACCGUGUCUAACAUCCCACCUAUCCACUUGCUAUCGAGACCUUCCACUGUUUCACUCUCUACGCGUGAUAACCAAGUUUCUUUGCAUACUUAACCCAUUGUUCUCAUGCAAUCGAAUUAGGUUCGUUUUGGUUAACUUACAUCCUGCACUAGGGAGACAACCGAAGCAUGUACCAUUGUUAAGAAGCCCUCCCAGUUUAUCUUGUUUUACAUUUGGAUAUUUUCACACGUUGGCAAGCUAGGCCAGGCAUCGGUUGCCAAUAUUUGCCAAUUUUUUUUCACUCCUCCCCCGUUUUCCGAUAGUCAAAGCCACGGGACGUAGUGCGGGCCCGGCAACUGGUAGAAGUAAGCCUCCUUUCUACACGUUCCGCUCACCACCUGGUCCGUACUUUGCAUGAAGCAGGUUUAAUUCAGUUGGUCUCUGCAUCCACAUAGAUAAGAAUACCAUUACGACCACAUUAAGGAGCAAUUUCGGCUUCGCCAACGGCAACUACAAUCCACGACUGAUGGCGCGUUAUACUAGGUUCAACCUCAUCAACUGUAUCACAGUGAGAACUGCGUCCGUUUGCCAUGAUGUAUUGUUUCCCACCAUCGGCACCACUUUCUUCCCUCUCCAGCGCGCCACUCUACUGUUGUAGCUUGUUCAAUAACUGAUGAUUAGAUUGGCCAAAGUGGCUGGUGCUACGUAAAGGUCUUCAUCCGUGGCGCGCCACCUGCACAUACGGCAGUUGUUAUGGACUCUCACAGACGCGGCGCAGCCCGCGUGUUAAGGAUGUGUUUAUAUUUAAAGGAAGACGAGGGCACGAUCACUGGGACGGUAAAUUUUUUGGUCUUAGCUUUUGAACUUGAAUAGGAGUUCAUCAUCAGAGACUGGUAGAGUUCAGAAACGUGUAAACAUUUAUACCGCUGUGCCGUGAAGAGGGGCUACGUCCGUGGCUAGGUCUGGUUCGUACUGCCUGGCCCACUAUGGCCCCCCGGCGUAGUGACGGCGUUUGUCCUUCGCGGCGAUGCGAGCUGCGUCACCUAGCUGCGUGGGCGUAGUGCGUGAUAACACGCAGGCAAGUCAACGUGUCUAUUGACGGAGUUGGUGCCGACACCCACGCGUCCAACAGUCCCCGCCCCGCCUUGUUGCCGCCCGCGCCAAUAUCUGCUUGUUGGCGAGGUCGAACUCCAGCGUGUGAGUGGCGACUUAAGAUGGCGGGUCGUCUCUCCGAACCGCCCGUUUGUGCCCGAGUAUUCGUAGGCUGAGAGGUCAUCCUCUUUGGCCUGUGUAAUGGCAAAAACAAUUGUGGCACGGGUUUUGAUGGACUGCGCCCGAUUGCUCACCUGCACUCAACGGUCUCCGAUGAUGAAGUCCUGUUCGAGUUCGAAAGCUAAGACCAAUAAAGCUAUUAUUCCAGUGAUCAUGCCUUCGUCUUCUAUUAAACAAGAGCCUUGGAUUCGCAUAUCCUCUUCCAUGUGUUUAUCUAUCUGCAGAACGCGGUUAUGUAAGGGACGCCUGCGCUGUGGUGUUUACCGUCGAUUUAAAUGCAUGCACAUAUGAUCGGAUAGGUUUACACGGUAUAUGAAUGUGCGCGCACAAUGUGGGUUGGGGAGGCGUGCCUUACUAGCUUAAAUCUGGACCGCAGGUACUGGUUCAUCGGUCACGGUGGGGUACAUUCGCAGAUGAUCGACCAAACUUCCGUCUGGCUUGAACGCGUGGUCGCAAUGCGACUGUUGUGCUUGUCGUGGUAAUGGACAUGCUUAUGAUAGCGUUCAUGGCGAUGUCGGUUUUAGUAAGGGCAGUCACGGUUGUUCUUUGUGUCGCGACAGCGUCCCCACUUGUAUUAAGACCAUUAACUGUGGUCAUGGCCUCCUGCGACUGCUACGCUGUGUUGUAGCCUUGAGAGUUGUAAGGUAUGACCUCUGGGGUGUUGUUGGUACUGUGGGAGGUGAGUUAGACGGCUUGUAAUGACGGUAGGUGGGUCUAGAGGUGUCUGGCUGGUCUAAUUUGCCCCAUUAACGCCAGUUAGUAAUAUGAGCAAGUUGUCCAGUCUUGGGCCUUUGUGACGUUGAUUUGUCGCGUGAUUUAUUCACGUGUCUCCCGUUUCAGUUUGACCGCAUUUCCGAUUAACUUCGUUGGCUCAGUUCGAGUUGUUUACGGCACUGCGCCACACCUGUUAGUCCUGUGCGAAACCUUCCCGUUUCCUAGGCUUGCUUUACAGGUGCUUCAGGUAAGUUUUCGGGAUGUCCUUGUAUCGUCGCCGCUGUCCACCUUGUCUUUGAGCAUUUGUAGCGACGCCGCCAUAUAAUAACUAUUGGAUGUAGCGCCCACCGAUCUUCACGAUCGCACCUCCCAGUACGGAGUUAAUACCGAGAACGCCGGAUCUUUCCAUGACGUAGGUGUAUGAGCCCCUCUACCCCAAUUCAACCUAAGUAUCUUUUGAAGGCAACCGAGGUCGAAGUGGUUUCUUAAAUGAUUUGCUUGUGGAGACUAGGAAAGUUUCUUCAGAAAAUCUAUUUCAUGAAUCGAUAACUACGGCAUGCAUCUUUCGAAGUCAGAUUCUUAGUUCAGUAUUAAGCAGUUUCUCGGGGUGUCCCUGAAGGUCACAUUUAUUGUUGCGUUUAAAACGUGUGAUGCAUUACAUAGCCUGUUUCUGUCAUCGCAUUUUCCUGCUCCUACUGCGUAGCGGGCGGUUGGAACCUAUCUCACCAUGCUCUGGUGUUGAUUCUGAGUAAAGUUGGCAGGCUUACUUGCCCUGUUCUGGACCUUUUCCAAAACCACAUCACACACGAGAUAUGGGGACCACGCUAUUGAACAGCAUUCAAAGUGGGACUGAACAAACAUAGUCUAUAUAGUAUUUACUUUUUUCUCCUUGAAGUUAAAAGAUCGUCCUCAAACGAACAAAAGUUGCCUCCGAACCUUGGCACCAGUUUGUAAGCACGGUUUUGAAGAUACAAGGUUGGCGAAAGUAAUGAUUCCUUUGUCGACAGCCGACAGUCAGAUCCGGUUGUUUAAUCCAUUCAGAAGCUCAGAAAGUGUCUGAGGCUACAGUCUGACCGUCGCUUUCGGUGAUGUCCACCGUGUCUCCCACAGCAGGGUGGGCGCACGGACGAUGACUUGCGUGUGAAUUUGUUUAUAGUGAUAGUGGAUUUGCACAGCACCUACCGCACCAUCUUCUCUUUCCCCGCCUGGGCCCGUUGACAGCCAAAAAGACCGGGUUCGGAAGACUGCCCAGGUGGGAAGCAUGGCAAAAACCCGCACCUGGGCGUGCCACCACAUUUCUUGAUUCACCACGUACAACUGACUUGGAUUUUACACAACAAAAAAAGAGAAAGGGCUGGUUUGGGCUCCAUCCAUCACAAAGACCACAGGAAGAUGGAGCCAUUGCAGCCUCAUUCUACGUCCUUAGAGGUGGACUGGUUUAUUCUGUCAGUUGGCAGCCUUCUAAGCCACGGAUUUUAUCGUACCGUAAUCUGCUCGAGCGCAGUGAGAUAGUGAGUAAUAUGUCCCGAGACCGUCGGCCAUCCCUCCCCACUUCCGACCACCAACGCGCCAUUCGAGCCGGUCAAAUGUCUGUUGCGGGGAGUGGGCGGGGUGGCUGACAGGGUUAGAGAGCCUGUCUACGUGCGCCACAUGUACGACCUGGCUCCCCAAACGCACAUAUCAGGAUCGCACACUCAUGAAACGUCUCGGAUCUCACUUGUGUGAGAGAGUGCCAUCGAGAAGGAGUCAUCGCAGUCUGACAGUCAGUCCACCAGUCAGCCACCCUGCACACAACUGGUCUGGCUGUGGCCUGAGUUGAAUCGCCAGUUUGAAACCUUCCAGGCCAUGAUUUGAAGCGCACCGUGAUAAUCUCAAGUGCGUCAGAUUGUUCAUAGUGAAGAACUACGCUCUGAGAGCCGAUCCCACCCCUCUAUGCGUUAGUCGACUGUCGGAGCCGGUCAACCAACUAGUGUUGAAAUUAGGGGAAUGGGCUGGCAGAACUAAGAAUAGCCCGUCUGUGUGUGCCACCCACGACCUGUCUCCCCCCAUUUGCAUACCCCAGGAUUUCACACAGAGGGUAGAUCGCUUAGAUAUCACAUAUAACAGAGGAAUCACAGGAAAAGGUAGCCAAAAACACUUCUCAUUUGCUCUAGGUGUGCGUAUGUUGCGUGAUGCUGGUGUUCAUGUGUGGUACAUGUGUUGUGCCCAUGUCUUUGGUGAUUUACUGCAGGUUUUCAUGAAUGCGCAGGUGACCGAAUAAGCCCGUGCGAUGGCUGCGUGUGCGUGGACAGUGCUGGCAAUUGAUGCGAUGGGAACGGGUGUAUGUUGGUGCUCCAGGCACUGGCUCGCCAGUCUUUCUGCAGUGGACUGACGAGUGACCCGUCGCCCCAAUGCAUGGCAUGCAUGUGCGGUGGCAAUGUAGGCAGAAUACUCUAGGAGAUUCUGAGUCGGCUAGGGUCGUUACGCUGUUAAUCGUGGCUGCGCUGGUGGGCAGGGGAUGGGAGAGUUGUUGGGUGUGUAGGUUCUGCUUUGCUGCCGAUAUUGCAGUGAACUCCGCCGUCGUUGCUACUCAUGUGAUCAGAUAGGCCCGCACGGUGAGUGAAUGUGCGGGGACAGUGCGGACAAUGAAGACGGGUGCGGCGAGUGUAUGCCGGGGCUCCAGGCACCGGUACGCCCGUCGCAGUGCGAACGAUCAAUCAGAUCGAUGCUUGAGGUGACUGCGAUCGCAUUCCGCAGUUGACACCUCCGAGUCUUCACGCUGGUGUUUUUAUCUGGAGCCUUCCGAUCCUCCAGUCACCGGGCCAGUCGAUUGCUGAAAUCGAAAUGACGAGCGGGAAACACUACUAGAACAGUACUUAACUUACUUGGCAGUCGUUGUCUUUGUAGUCUGCGGGGGAAUUGCAGUCGGGGCCUCAUACGAUAUGACAAGGAGGUGGUAGGUCCAUCCGUCGGCGUCGUAGAUAGCUUUCGCUACCAACACAUCUUGUCGAUCUCGCCUUCGGACGAGAACGUAGCUGCCAGCGUCGCGAUCGAGGGUGCAUCCAGUUCGUUUUCUUCCGCGUUGGAAGGUGAAAGAAGUUGUUGGUCAGGAGGACGCGUUCUGCUCAGGUUCGCGGGUGAAGGAGGCCGUUGUCGUUGAAGUCGUUGACUCCAUGGGGACUCAGCACUCUUAUCAAGGCACCGUAGCUUUUCUCGACGCGGGCGCUGAAGUUGCCAAGGAAAACGAGCCUGACCGCAUUCGGCCCUGCCGCCAUAAAGGCGUGAAGGUCCUCCUAGAAUUCGUCCGUCACCUCAUCGGAGCUGGUCAAUGGGGGGCGUAGGCAGUGAUGUCGGCUGACACUUUGGCUCCCCAAAGAGGCAGGCCCGGGGUAAUCAGUCGGUCAUUGACGCCCUGUUGCAAUCGGGGCAGUCAUCCCGCAGUGUCGUUCCGGAUGGCAAAGGCAAUGCCAGCGUCGCGUCGCUCUGCCUUUGGACGGCCGUUCGAGACAAAGUUCGGGCCGGAACCCACCUCCUCUAUUCGGUCUUGUUCGGAGAAGCGGAUCUCGCUGAGUGCAGCGAUGUCCACCAUGUAGCUCGCAACUUUCCGAGCAAGUAGCGCCGUUCUUUCCAGCCGUUGCUCCUCAGAUUGUCUAAAAGAAAACGACCAUUCUUGGCCGCCAGAGUGAGCGGACUCACUGUAGCAGCCUGUGAGGUGGAGCGGAGGGGAUGGGGACGAGUUCUACAGAGGUUUGCAUCUACGGGUCACGGUAUACUUGCAGAUUGCGUGAUUUCCCAGCAGUUGUUUGGGGCGUAUCUUCUUGCCCCUUCCCCACGAGGAAUUAAACAGUGCCAUUCCUUAAUAGGGCCGCGUAGACAUCCCAGGUCAUUGCCGUGCUCUAUUUCGGGUCACGGCUUAGCUUAAUGGAAGAACGACCGGAGUUAGCUUGAACCGACUACAGGCUUUCAUGCCGCCCUCUCCGUAUGGCUUUUUGAAAGUGACCAGUACCGAGUAGUAAAUUUAUCGUUAAAGUCUUUGAGCACACUUGGCCAUGUUUUUGCCGGCUGGGACUGAAUCUGACUGUAUGCAGCCUCCCUACGCCUUUGUCUCUCAUCUGAGUCUUGACUUUUUGGGGUGAUUGGUGCCGCUUUUGAAAGAUAACUGUUAAUCUCAUUGCCAUUGUGACCGGUUAUUUGUUGUUAAGUUCGACGAUUACUGGCCAGUGAACCUUAAGUUCCAAGGUUUCCAUGCGUUAGAUCCAUGUAGUGAUCUCGGUCCUGAUUAAAUUGCUAGGGGCUAUCUUCGCCGUUACUUCGUCUGCGUUUUGCCCAAAAUCCUCUACCUGUACUUCAGGCAGGCUUGAAAAAGUUCACGGCUCGCACUAAAUUUGCCGUUUUUAUUCCAUCCCGCACGUUUCUUAGCUUGAGCAUCGGCUGUUGCUAGCGUGUGGCCUUUUUGCAUUUGUAUAGUAUCAGAGCAUCCGUUGACUAAGGCUUCGUGUUUGCUAUCUUAUCCAUACUCAAGGCUACAGUUGAGUGGACUUUCUUUGCUGCAUAGACAUUCAGUGAAUAGUCUUCCCGACUGCGAACGUUCUCGUAAACAUGCAGCUUUACUUUCUUUGAUGAUGCAUGUUGGAACGUUUAGCCGCUUAACAGGGGAUGCUGACAGUUUGAAUUGGUUCCAUUUAUCAACGAUGCCGCUGAAUUCUUACUUUAAGCUUCGAAGUUCACUAACUAAGUCAUACACGUAGAUAUCACAUAACCAGUGCAACUUUUCUGGUUUCAUAAAACAACUUUAUUAACGCUGACGUGAUGCCAAGGGUUACAACUACUGCACUGAAUAAAAGCGUCUUCGCUGUUAUGAAACAUAGUAUGUAAAUCUUACGAGGGAAUAUUAAUACGCGAUUUUGCGUAAAAACCGAUGAUUUUCGAAUGAAAAAGCACUUUUCUAAAGAUGAUAAGGGGAAUUUAACGCAGGAGCACGAAAUCGAGCAUACGGGAUGAGUUCCCUCAAUCACUACGCUUUAAGAAACUACUCCAAACUCUGCAGCGUUUGAUAGGCCUCAAAGUUGUAGAAAAUGCCAGAAAUGUAUAGUUCGAUCAGUUGUGAAAUCUAUCGUUUUUGGAUUCAAAACUCGUGCGGGUUUUCGCACAACAGCCACUGUGCUCUGAAGAUGAAAGCUACACUCUGUACUUGGAAGUUUGUUCCCAAGAUCCGCAGAGUUUCCCAGAGUUCUUGUAACACAGGGGUCUUCCUCGCAAUUAAGUAGUCUGUCGGAAAUCUCAUCCAGAAAUUAGCACUUCGAUUUCGCACUUACUCUACGUAAACCUCCUUCAUGGUUUUUAUAUAUUUCAACCUUUCAUAAGAAUGCCAGUUCUGCAUUGUUUGAAUCCCUGAUGGCGCGCAUAGGAACUCUAUAAUAUAAAUGAGAAAUUAACCACUUAUUUUCCCAAAGGCUGAUGCUCUUUGCUUGUCCCGUUACCUAAAACUCUUCAUUGUCUUUAGUCUAUCUGUUUAAUUAUAAAUAGCAUUGUUUUGGAAGUAAUUUCCCAAAACUUCCCCGAGGCAAAGUUUGCACCACUAUUGAUGAAUUUAUCUUCCCCCUUUCUUUAUGCUAAAAGGGGAGUCGGUGCCACUAUCAGUUCGAUUUCAUUAGAUCUUUUUGAAAAGUCGAAGAAAAUUCUACACCCAUGUUCUGUUUCACUACUCAUUUAAGGACUGUCCCGUACACUAGUUAUUGAUAAAAGUCAUUAGAUGUAAGCCUUCAGUUUCAGUCGAAAAAUUAGAGCACCUUUAUUAAAGGUAUCCAUUUUGCACACAGGUUUGGCGAAGCUUCAGUUUUCGUACGCUUUGGGCGUUUACUGGUCCCGGUUUCCUUAUGAGCAUCGCUUACCUUGAUCCAGGAAAUAUUGAGUCGGAUCUACAGAGUGGAGCAGUGGCCAACUACCGGGUAAGCAAUGUGUUUAUUGUUUUUUCAAAGAUAAGCAAAAUACUUCACACCCGCUAAGAGUCUUGUCAACCAUGUACACAUACAUUAAGAUAUAAUUAAUUGAAUUUUUUGUACAUUUAGCAAUCAGUUUGCUCUUUCUAAUCCCAACGACAGCUUCUGUGGCUUUUAUUCUUCGCCACUCUGAUGGGACUUUUUAUGCAAAGACUAGCCGCAAGACUGGGAGUUGUAACGGGGAAGCAUUUGGCCGAACUUUGUUAUCAGGAAUAUUCUCCACCGGCCCGCAUUCUGCUCUGGAUUAUGGUAGAAAUCGCAAUCAUCGGUUCCGACAUGCAGGUAAUUUUUUGGCUUUUAUGUGCCUUAUUCCCUUGACCAUCCAUUAUUACCAUCCCACGCUUUAAUUAAGAUCGCGUUUUUCAUUUUGUGUGGGUUCACACCGAUCCAUUGGCUUCAGCUCUGUAGGGGUCGCAGAGACCAUGAAAAAACAACCAACUACCAGGCCGAAAACGGCUGAGUUAUAAUAGCGGGGGAGAAAGAGAACAGAGAAUGCGCGCAGAUUGAUACAGCAUUGUUUUGGGCUUAUUUUGGUGGUCAGGACUAGCAUUGGCUGAGUGGGGGCAUAAUAAAACCGAAACACAGCUGUAUAAACUUACCCGCAUUUUUGUAUAUAUGCAUAUAUUUGAAAUAAGUAAGACUCUUUGGGAACAAAAUAACCUUGCUUGCGUAAAUUUUUGAGACUGAUCCCCCACCUCGUCCUCAGGCUAUGAUUGCGCAAAAACGAUUGACUUCUUAACCGAGUCUAACAAGGGAUUCUAUGAUUAGUCAGCGUUUGUGUUAAUGCUGUUAGUUGCAAUUUGUUACUUCUUCGGGAUUCGUUGCAUCAAUUGGAAUUAAUUCUUAAAGAUUUUGUAUAUGGCAUCUAAAUCGGUAUGCCGAUUUAUGCACGCCUCAUCUACGUUCAUUGCUUCCAGGAAUUCGCGACCUUUCCUUAUUGGGCAGGCGCCAACAAUGCGAGUGUUCUCCCGCGCAAAUUUGUUCCCAGUGUCCAGUGUGUGCAUGGCCACCUGAUAUUGAUGGUCGCGUCUCUUCACCGCUAACUGACACUCAUGUAUACGGGUUGAGACAGAUUUCCCAGUCUGAUCACAAUAGACGGUAUCACAGCUGAACCAUGAAAUUUCGUAGACAACACCUUUUCUGUCGAGGUAGCCAAUCCUGUCCUUAGGGGGUGUACUAGCUGUGUGCGUAGGGUAGUUGCCAUCUGGCAUGCUAUGUGUAUCUGGUGUUUUUUUAUUUAUCUUUCGACUAGGUCAAAUACAUGUUUCACGUAUGGGGGAGUUCGCCAGGUGAUUGGUUUUAGUGCCAGAGCGAAUGUAACACUGGAAAUACCUUGCGGGUACUUAAUUUCGGAAAAAUAAUUUGUAGACGUAUUUCAUCUCUGUUUGAUAACUAGUUUCCCAAAAGCAGUGAGUUUUGGCUGUGGACCGCACACCGUUUCUGAGAGACAGGAUGGUUGCUCUCAAAAUGUUCGAUGACCUCUGAAUAUGCCUCUGCGAUAAACUGAUAUGUGUAGUGGUCCAUCAGUUUUUCGACGUACAAGGACGUCCAGGAAUGGGAGUUGUCCACCAACCUCCAUUUAGAAAGUAAACUUGAUUACCAGAAAUAUAGAUGGAGCAGAUUCAACUGAUUUUUCCUGACUAUGACAAAAGUGUCGUCUAAAUAACGCAGCCAGAUUUUUUAGUUAACUGUAGGAAGGGCCAUGGUUUCCAAUUUCUGGACUACGGCCUCUACCAGGUAACCGGAUGUAGAUGAACUCAUGGGAGCGCCUUUUAAUUGCCGAUAGCAUUGCUUGGAGACGGAAGUCUGUGUCCAGGCAGAAAUCUAGGAGUUGGGGAAAAGCGUCAUCAGGUACUUCAGGAGUGUGUGUUUGAAGUUCUUCGGGACAGCUCCUCGGCAAAUCUAGCGGAAUCGAGGUGAAAAGCGAGACCUCAUCGAAUGAUACCAUUAUCUCAUCACAUGUAACGCUGACUCCUUUUAAUUUAUCUAAAGACUUUUGAAUCUUGAAUGGAGUUCUCGGGAUUCUUCGUAACUGGUUGUUAGUUGGCGAAACAGUCACUUCGAGAUGCUAUAGUUGGGUGCACUGAUUCAGGAGACUAUCAGUCCCAGUGGAAUAUCAGUUUUGUGGACCAUGUCGUGAACAAGGUCAGCCAGCCUCAAUCGCAGAGUUGCUUUAAAUGCAUUUCUCAGGCCAAGAAUUUGUUGUCCCUCUCAGGAGUUGCAUUACCGUUUUAUAUUUUCUGUAAGAAAAGUAUCCUCGAGUUCUAAAGUAGACCCGGCUACAGUCUAAAUGACAGGGGAGAUUAACAAAAGAUCAACGCACUGACGAUGAUAGGCCUUUUUCACGCACAUUUGUUUAUGACACAUUCUCCCCAGUGUAUAUGCCCGAUCCCAACCGACAGACCAAUCCCGUCGUUCAGUGCUUAGGGCGUUUGACUUCUAACCAACAGGUUGCGGGAUAAAACCUCACGUUUUGUACACCUCGGGGUUCGGUACGGCUGGCUGGCAAUGUCUAAGAAGCCGGAAAUGGCCAUUCCAGUGUCCCUUUCAACGGUUUACAGGAAGGCAACGAAUACCUUUCCUAUCGAGAACCUGUAAUGUAUUUUCGUACUGGUAAAUUUUACGGACACUUGGAUCAAUUUCGCCCAUGCACACUAUUUUAUCAGGCAAGAGAAAAUUUUUAUGUAACACUGCUAAGCUUUGAUUACUAUCGGGCAUUUAGGGCCUUAAACGACCUGCACUCAGUUAUGCGUUCAUAAGUUUAAAAGGUAAAUUGAAACGCCGAACCUAUCAGAAUACGUAACUUCGACGCAUCAUGAACUUGGAAUGGUACUUGGAAAUUAAUUUUCAACGGCUGAACUUGAUUUUCUAAUCACCAUGUUUGUUCAUGCCGUUUUUUAAAUGUCUGGACUCCUGGAUGUGCCUUCUACUUUCCCAGGCUGCCUACACAGCAAGAUCCUUUAUCAUUUCCAUCGCUUCAUCUGCUUUGAUCUUUCUUCAAUAAACUGCAACGGGAAGGGGGUCAAAUGCGUCGCCUCGUCUUUAGUAUACCCUUCGACUAGGCGAUAAAUUUUCCGUUGACAGCCUGAUACGGAGUUUCUAAAACAAAAGCUGAUUAUGGGCGCUUUGAUAUUUGGAAUCAUGGUGUCUGAUACACGGAACUGUGUUCCCUGCAGGUACUGCGAAUUCUGAUCAUCCAGUCUGUGAUGAAAUAAUGACAUGGGCUAAGGGAAUCCGAGUAAUGAUCUAGAUGAAGUCCUCUAUCUGGGAAGCCGUUAGAACUACCACGAUCAGUUGGCAUCUUGCAUGAAAUGUCUCUGCCUCACGAUCUUUCUUCGCUGACGCAGUUUACUUGCCAAUAAUCCACAUAGAUUUGUGAUGAGGACUAUGAGACAACCGUUCAUUCUGAUGCAAUUGUGCAAAACUCGGCUGCCUUAGUGAGUUUUGAACCCACUACAGCAAGGGCAGGGCUAGAGUACAGCCAACCUAAGCUACGAGGCCCCACUUGAAGUCGUGAGUUCAAUCACAUUUGGGUCAGAUCACCCAACCACUACUGCAACGUAUGAGAUCGAUCAAUUCCAAUACAGUAAGUUUACUGCCGAAGCAGGAUUUCCUAGGUUUGGAGGAUCCACGUUGGCCCAAUCGUGAAGAGAACUACGAUGAUAUGCAUGGCCGGGACGGUUGAGGGGUUUGUCUGACAGCAGCACAUCACUCAUAGGACUGACGGCAAAGGGCGUGCCCAAACCACCACAGGAUGCAUUUGGAGCUGCAAUCGUAACUUUAUUGUUGUUUGUAGUCCAUCAGCACUAGACUGCAAAAAAAAAAUUAAAUCCAACCUUGCUCUCCUAAACCUAUCUCGAGUCUCCGGCCUGCCUGUAGAUAAAAUGGGUAAUAAGCGACCCCCUGCCUUCCUACACCAUCUAACUAGUCACGUUAAACAGGACUGCGCACCCACCGACCCAUUAGCUUCCUGACACAGACCACCUCCGAAUAGGUGGCAGAAGCCACUAGUGGCCAUCCACCUGCCAGCUUGAACUCAGCCAAGCUAUGGCAACAAAGGAGGGGGGGACACUUAUGAACAUCUGUUCGGCGAACUGCCUAUGACCCUCCUGAUGGACUCCGUCUCCUAAGGAUCAUUUUGGAGUUGACGAACGGAGUAUCUUACUUUGGUAGCUAGUUAGAUAUUUCGCUAGGUAUGACCCCUUUUAACGUUUACUUCUUCGCCCUCUCAAUUGUACACCGCGCUGAACAAGUCAGUUGUCUUGAACAGGUUCAGCCAGCCUCAAUCGUAAUGUUUCUUUUAAAGCGGCACACCAAUUCUUAAAAUGCAUUUUCGGACCAAGAAUUUCUUGUCGUUCUGGUAAGUUGCAUUACCGUUUUAUGUCUUCUGUAUGAAAAGUAUCUUCGAGUUCCAAAGUAGACCCGACUACAAAAGAUCAACGCACUGACGAUGACAAGCCUUUUUGACGCACAUUUGUUUAUGACAUAUCCACUUUUUUAUUUUCUUCUUGCUGUUGGCAUGUUAUAUUCAGAAUAUCAUAUGCCCAAUGUUCCUAUGGUUACUUCUACAGGCUAGGUAACUGUUCCGGGGUUAAUUUUUACUUCCAAAGCACCAAAUCAAGGCUGAUUUAUCUUUCUGUAGCACACCUCUACGUUUACCAUCGACACACCAACUCACAAUUGUUCUUUUUAGUUUUAUGCCGUUUUUGCUGAUCGCGUCGUUUAAACUGUGUUUUGUAACAGAUGCUACUUCUAAAGCAAAUACACAUGGGGAAUGGCUUUAAAGGAAUUAUCAUACCAAAUUGCUUUUUUGACAUUGGGGACUAUCUAGCGCUGGCCAGUUUUUCUAUUUUGUUUUCUGACCCUUCUGCCGAAAAGACCUCACCGGUUCCUUGCAUCGCUCAGUGUUUCGGGACACAUAAGAUUCCACGACGUAGGUCAUUUUUUGCUGUAGCUUGUGACUUUAGGCAUCUCCUUCCAAUCACCAUCCUGUUGUUAUUUUAGGAGGUAAUCGGCACUGCAAUUGCCAUUAAUCUCCUCAGCGUCGGCCGGAUUCCUCUCUGGGGAGGCGUGCUUAUCACCGUCGUCGACACCUUCACCUUUCUGCUAAUUGACAACUAUGGUCUUCGCAAACUGGAGGCUUUCUUCGCUGUUCUCAUAUCGAUCAUGGCUGUGACCUUCGGAUACGAAGUGAGUAUUUAUAAAUAGUCCUACCAAUUAACUUAGGCCCACAGUGAAUUUACUUAGCAUUUACUUUUUACAGUGAUGUGAAUGAGCCCAUGGACUCUUCGAUCAAAACUCUGUAUUUUUGAGUGGUUUAUUACCAGGAGUCUCCCUUUUCUGCAUAAACGUUUUCAAAAUUCAAGCUUUUCGUGUCCCAAUUUAGCUAAAUUUCAAAAUACCUGUUUUCCAAAGUUUACUGUUAAAACUUUCUCUCACCCGAUGUUAAUUGUGCGAUGCUACUUAAUGAACUUCGAGUGCCUUUUCCCGCGGGAGUUAGAAUUUUCGGAUCUGUAACGUCAGACCAUUAUAACUACAGGACAACCAUACCCAGCAUUUGCCUGUAUGAGUGAAGAGUACCUUACCGAAUCGCCAUCAAGCACUUGCAAGGUCGGUCCUGCCUACAAACGAAUCGUAGCAGUACCUCGGAAACCUCAUAGAUUAGUAUUGUGACAAGAGUGGAAUUCAUGUGCCUAUAGUGGCUGAGUUUUGUUCCUAGUACUUGUGCUUGGCACGAAUGCAAUCUAGCCGGCCUCGAUUAUGUCCCGAACUGUACCUCUCCCCGCGUGACGAUACGCGGCAGCAGAUCUGGACAUUUUCUUCGUCAACGACGGAGACCGAAUACCUAAGGUCCGGGAACCACCUCCAUGUCUUCACAAACUGUGUCGAAACAGGCUUUGAGGUGACUAUCUCUUCGACGCCUCCAAUAGGGUAACGGUUCCGAAUCGAAUGCAGUAACACUGAGCUCCUGAGGUGGACAACGAAGAACAUGCUCAAACCACCUCAGUCGUCUUUAUUGGAUGGCCUGGGUUAUCCUUGCGAUGUUGUCGUAGCGAGUGCGGACUGUGUCAUUUGAGACGAAGUCGGUGUACUUCACACGAAGGAUGGUCCUAAAGCAGUAGUGGUGGUCAAAUACCUCUAGGUUUCACUCGUCCUCCACUCGAACAGCCCGGCAUUCAAAACAAUAGAGAAGGACAGACCGGACAGAUGCACAGUACACGCGGAUCUUAGUGAGGAUAGAGAGGUCGCGUCGGUUCCACAGACAUUUUCAAGGCUUGCGACAACCCGUCGGACAGCACCACUUCGGGAGACAAUGUUGUCUUUAGUCUCUCCAUUCGGCAGCGGCAGCCUCGCCCCGAGGUAUUUAAAACUGUCUACCUCUUCAAGUUGACAGCCAUCACUCCCGUGGGGUGCCCUCUCCUGGUCAGGGUUGCAGCUUGAAAGCACUGUAGUCUUCCCAGUGUUUAUGGAUAAACCGACCGAUUUAACGACCUCGUUCACCCGUGACACCGUGGACUGCAGACCACCAAAACUUGACGCAAGUAAGGCGACAUAAUCGGCGUAGUGGAGAUCAGUCAGUCGGUGUCGAGGUGCAAACUCUGCACCAUCACCUCCGUGUAGGGCCCUCGUGAGAAUCCAGUCAAUAGCGUAAAUGAGCAGAAUGAGGGACAGGGUACAGCCUUGUCGAACGCCAGCCCGAAUAUCAAACGGUUGGGAAAGAUCGUUGCGGAUCAGAACUUGCGCGAUGGUGGAGCAAUAAUAGGUCUUUAUUAUGAAGAAGUUUGUUGCGAUGCUGGAAGCACAUGCUAGUGUUGAUAUGCACGCAGCUCGUCUCUGGAAGCCCCUUAUUUGAAGGUUGUUGUCCCCAUCCCCUCCUCCAGUACGCUAGAUAAGAGUUACGAGGUCUCCCUAGACAACAUAUGAAACCUUGCUUACGGGCAAACACUAUUAGACUUGUUAUUAUGUCGCUUUGGCUUGUGACCUUACAGUCACCAAUUUGACAGAUCAGCCUCCAGCCAGGCCUGUAAAUGUUAUUGCUCUAUGUUCCGCAACCGACCAGUCAUCAAGCCCAAGGGCCUAAUUAUUUCGCGCGACUAAUCUCCGCUGACUGUUUUUACACUAUCUGCUACCUAUGAACGAGCUGUGUGGCCGCCGCCUAGACUGGCAGAGAGACCAUGUUUUUCCAUGGUCUCAUCUUCUGGGCCAAAUCAUUGUGUCUGAAUGUUACGCCUAAAUCCACGACAAGUAGUGCAAACGAAACAACCAAUUCAGUGCGUAGAUUUAAAGAACUGACAAGCCUUGCUUCCGCAGGCGGUUCUCAUUUCGAAUGAAAAUGAUGAACAAAAUCGUGGUCUAGGGGUCUACGUUUUAGUUUUUUGGUCCGUCUCCAAUAUCCAGGCAAAUACCCGUGCCAGAUCCUUUCAGGUUAAGUCAGACAGUCACAGCAAAUAGCAUGUUUAGUACAAAUAGACGUGUUUUCGCUUUCGACUGGUUGUGGUCUAGUCGAAAGAACAUUUUGAGGUCUUCCUUUUCCGCUAAAUUCUGCAGUUUUUUUGAAGACCGUAUAAUUAGUAAGUGCCGUUUCCCGAAAAUGGUUUGCACGUUCCGUCAAUCAAUGCCGCAAGGCCAUCGAUCUUUUCAUGUCUCUUUAAACAAGGUGCAUUGUAGUACGUCAGUCGGAAAUUUUUCUUCUCGCCUGAAUGAUCAAAUGUGACCUCUUUGAAAUGCCGUCUUGGCACAUUCCUAGUUUUCUAUGCAUCGUUUGCUUCGAUCUGUAACGUUUGAGGAAGGUGCAAGCCUGUCUUCCGCGACUGCUCUCACUUAUUUAGUAGGGUAUCAGGCUGAUUGUGACAUUUCAAAAACAUUCUUCGUGAUACGAACCUUCAGCAGAACAAAGGCUCGCGCUUGUUGUUAGUGAGAAAAGGGAGUACUACCUGGAUAGGGUGGUAGGGCGAUGCCGGUUCAUAAGCUGCAAACUACUGUUUAUCGUCUGACGAUGUUCCCGGUCUAAUUGUGCCAGCAGGUCAACAAUUAAGCAGCAGUUAGUUUUCCUUUCGUUUGUUAUUCUCAUGGCACCAGCAGGAUCGACAGGAAAACGUAUGUUUAGUGUUAUUUUGCAGGGGGUGCAGUCUUUAGAAGAUUUUAUUUCAAAGGAUGUAAUGCAUUUGAAUACCCUCCCAAAGUGGCAAAGGUAUUUUCGUUCUUCCCGUGUUUGGAGUGACUCGCGUUUUCAAACGUUGGUCGGUAUAGAGGCAUUCAAGAAUGGAAGGUAUUAUUAGCGAGCAGAUGCAAGAAGCCUGUGUAUAGGUGGGUAUACACUCGGGCGCACUGUCUCGGGAUGCAAAAGUCUCGGCUGUUUUUAAAUUGAAAACUUUGUUUUCAAGUCACAUUUCAUAAAGGUGAAAAUGCCAGGACUUUUUAGCACAAUUAACACACGUGUUAGGUUAACAUGUAAUUUGUCUCAUCAAAAUGAAAAUAUUCUUAUUGAUCUAAAAGGAUUUCUGCACGCUUGCUUCGUUUAAAUUCGUAUUAGAUGCUAAUAUUCUGUCUAAUUUGGAAUGCUCGCCAACUGGAUGUUAUUGCCACAACCAGUUAAAUCUGAGAUCUGACAGAUUACGUGCAGCGGUCUUCAUAAGCAUUCUAAGUAGUUCUAAAUAUUCAAACCAGUUUGUACAGACAAGGUGUUCUCAAUUUUAUCCACUUAGCGUACUCUCAUCUGGAUCAAGUCGUCAUUGGUGGGUGUGAAGGUGGUGCGGGAACCUACUGGACCAUCGUCGACCCGGGAGUUGCGUUCGAGAACACUCUGCGCAAAGUAAAAGUAGAUGUGCUCGCAUAUAAAAUCCAUGGUAGAGUGAAGCCGCAAAGGUCGAAGCGUCGUAUAGGGAACGAAUACUGUAGUCAUCACCGGGUUUAUCGUCGUAGCAAGGGCCUAGCCGCACGCGGCAGUCGGUUCACAGUGUGGUUGAGUCUCACUGGCCACCCCAUCAUCCAAACGAUGGCAAAAAUUCAGAAUUGUCAGAGGAGUGAAGUCACUUUGAUAGAGGGACAAAAGGGUUGGAUUUUUCUUUGUCUUGUAUAGCCUUCCGACGGCGUGUUUAGCAACCACGAGUCGCGGCCAGCUUGCGGAUGGCGUGAUUUGUCACCAUUUGUUUACGGCAGAGCAGUACUUCCCUGAAUAGGAUUACUCAAAUAAGUCGCACUAAUGUCCACGACUUUCGGUCGGGGAGAAAAAUGGCGUGAAUUAGUUUGGACCGUUUGCAGGAUUGCUGGUUCAUUCUCGCGUUACUUUGAGUGUUAAGGACGGAAAGUCAGAGUCGACAGUUAUGAUUGGCUAGGCUUAAUGCCUCUGUUUAAGCGUGCCACCACACUUCUGUCUCACCUUAACUGACUCAACCAGGUAUUGAGCUUCCAACUGCACGGUGCGAGCAAAGCGUCGCUGGUUGACCUCGUCUGGUUUGUCUGCCGGCCGAAGUUGUUACAGAAGUGUGACCUCUGCGCAGAGCCACAGAUGAGAGUGACGAAACGAGAUGAGAUUGAAACAAAGUUGCAAUGUCCACCGGGUCGAUCGAUGUGCAUGGCAUAGGGUCACCAGGAGCAAUGACGACAGCAAUAUCAGCCACACCGUUUUUUCAACUUGUAUUUUAGUUAAUGAGGGGCUCAUGGGACAUCUUAGCGUUGAUUGCGAAGGCACCUAAGCCACUACUGUUCGUAGCAUAGUAAUUUUACCCUAAACCUCAGAGGUGUUGUUAUCAGCUCAGUUGAAUGAUAUCUUGCUUUCAAGUCCCCUUAAAUACUUUUCGGUACUUCUAUGCAGAAAAUCAAUUCGGCAUAGCUGACAUGAUUUUUUAGUCCUACUGAAGUCUGAGCAGAAAUGUCUAAUCUAGAAAUCGGGCCUAUUCCAAUGUGGCAUCUAUCCACUGCUCUUACAGACAAGUUAGCAACCCGACGGAUUUUGUCCUGCUAUGUAAAUCCCAGACUAAUAUCCACCAAAAAUGUAAGUACGCGCGGCCACUUUCAUCGGCCUGACUUGUUUGUGGCUGCUUUUCAGUCUGCACUCGGAUAAAAACAAACUUGCUGGAGUAUUUAUGCUUUUGGCUUGCCACCGCGACACCUGAGUGCUGCGGCAUGGGUGCCAAAUCAUGAUUUCAGCCAGCGCUUUUCUAGGUAGUACUUCUGUCUGGGAAGAGUAAACUCUCAAGAACAAGUGGAUCACCUGCCAGACUUCAUGACCAGUUAGAUAUUCCGUCGACUAUCCGAGUAUGCACCACGCCACAAAAGUUGCAUAGAAUCACAAGUAACUCUCUAUGUUAGUUGACCUUAUUCCUGAGCUAUUUUCUAAAUAUUUUCGCGCCUAAUUGGUAUCAUGUCGGCGGUGGUGACCAUCGGGUCGGCGGAGGUAGGAUUAGGCACUGGAGCGUCGGUGCUGCACGCCUACAAGGUUCUUCAAGGCGCCUAUUGACGAUCGUCCUUUAGAUCUGUUCGAGGCGCACCUAAUUUAAAGCACAGCAUUUUCAACAUAACAUCCGGUAAGAAGAAAUCUGGACUUUGAAAACUGCACAGUUUGAAGCCGUAAUCGCUUUGCUGUUAGAAAUAAGAUUGAUCUUGGAGCGACGCGUGCAAUUUUUCCAUAAUAUGUUUCGUUUUUUUCUCUUCUUCCUCCUCCUCCUCCUCCUCUGCCCACCAGUACAUUGUUGUAAAGCCGGAUCAGGCAAAGGUCUUUGAAGGCUUCUUUGUGCCAGCCUGUCCAAACUGCGGUUGGCCUCAACUGGAGCAGGCAGUGGGCAUCAUUGGCGCCAUUGUCAUGCCGCACAACUUCUACCUUCAUUCUGCGCUUGUCAAAUCUCGUGACGUCAAUCGAAAUGACGGUCGCUCGGUAGGCUUUUAUUGUUAACUUUGCCCUGUGUAUCUGGCUAAAAAGAAAGUUCUUCCUGUUUUUACAUCGCAUAGCAAAAUUUAAAGAAAGAAACCAAUGCUUGUAGGUAUACUUAGUGAUAGCUGUAUCUUCUAUAACACUUCAAUGAGCUUAGUGGGCAACGAUCGAGUGAAGGAUCCCAAACGCACGACCAGCCAAAGGUGCCCGUCUUGCGGGAAAGGUAGUAAUAUGGCUUUUACUGGCGGGCCUAUAUAUGCAUAGUGGAAUGGCAAAAUAAGCAUAGAUAAUUGGUGAAUUUGUUUUUCGAGCGGAAAAGUUUUAAUGCAUUGACGUAUAGCAACCGAAAUUAAGCAAUACGAUUAAAAAAAAUAAACAUGAAGUGUCUACAGCGAUCGUUUCUCAACUCUCUGAGCUGAGGUCAUUGUAGAUAAUGCACCAGACAGUCUACAGCAGACGACCCAACCCUGUACGAUGAAACAUUGAACCGAAAUAAUCGUGUCGGACUAAAACCCACUUAAAUAAGUAUAAUAGGUAUUCCUUAUAUGCCACAGAUGUUUGGGGUCCUUCACCCGAUCCUUACCGCUUAGUGAUACUUGGUUUGCAUAAUGUCUCAGUAUUUGAGGAGGAAAAGAAACCAACUCCUUUUCAACCUGGUCUCAUGACGCGAAUCAUAGUCCACCAAAAUGAUGUUACAAAGUCCCAAACAGACGAGAGUUCGAAAGCAGAUCCAUUGUGACUUGCAGUGUGCGGAGGGAUUUUAGCGUGCUAAAAAACAGUUCCCUUCAUCGACACCAAAAACGGGUGUUUUUCCACUUGGUCAGCUCUAAAAAGGCUAAGUUGCUGGCAAUACACAUCAAUGUUGGUUGUCUAAUUAUUCUCCAACAGUUCAUUAUAACUGAUCGCUUAGAUAUCCCACCAUACACUCAGCAAGAUCUUUUUGGAACGAGAACCUCCUCUUAGUUCCUGGACUGGUCGGUCCUCACGACGUUUACCGUUGUUGUAAAGGACUUAUUUAUUUUCACUAGUAACUACACUGCUCAGAAGCGCUUUCAGGCGCCGAAGUUACCUUGCCAGCGAUCAAUGUCGUAUGUACAUAAAUAUUUUAAUACAGGGUACAAUGGCAUGUUUUGACUCGAAUUGUGUGAGGUCCAACAGCACACAGAAGUUAAUAGGAACGUGCUUAAAAAGACAUCACUGAUUGCCUGACUGAACUAGAGAACACAAACUCCCUUGUAGAAGGAUUGUAACGAUAAGAAAUGAGUGCCUUUAAGACAGGAUCUUUCAAUUCACCCUCAGUUGCGUCUGUUUUUUUUAGAUUCCCAAAAACUUGGCUAUUCUGUUUUAAAACAGGAUCUUUUCACAAAGCAUUUUGUUUACGCCAAAAUCCAUGAACGUAGGACGCUUCGUUUUCCUGGCUAUUUGCAGAACACCCAGUAAUGUACUCUUUUUCUGACCGCCGAAUUUUCAACGUAUACGACAACUCUUAAAAAGGGCUAUUAGUAAUUUUCGAAAAAGGGCAUUUGGCUACCUCAUCUUAGUACGUAGGUACCAGAGCUAACAUUAGGUGGACGAUACACUUUGGCGUUUUCAGUGCCUCUCCGUUCCUUUCCCAUUAAAGAUUGCUGUGGCCAACUUCUACUUCUUCUUGGAGGCCUGCAUCGCCCUUGGUGUCUCGCUGACUAUCAACGUGUUCGUGGUCUCUGUGUUUGCCGCAGGUUUCUAUGGAAAGAACGUAACGGAAGUAGUAAGUCCGCCCAUGCUCAUCCCCAUCUUUUGAAAGCGCACAUUUCUCGAGAACGUUCAGCCCAGCAACUGCCUUCUACAUGCACUGCUACCAAUCGGGAAGAAUUAUUAUGCCAUUAGGCCCAGACACAUUUUACAAAGACCAUUCUAAGUGACCGUAGCCGCCCCGCAUCUUCCACUCAUUACAUAUUUGUCUGGGGUCUACCUGGUGAGGAUUUGCUAAUGCGGUCUACAUGACACAAACAGCCAAAACCCCCCUGCCAACCUUGCCUUGCUGUCGUGGAAUCUCCGAAGACUUAGCAUUGGUCAACAAUAUACAGCAGGCGAGGUAACUUAUGAAACCUAAUGACCGAAAUUCAUGGGAUAAUUUUUGGUCACCUCAGACGCCAUUCGCGUUGAGGGAGAAGUCCAUUUCGCUCGCUGAAUAUGUUUCUGAGUAGUUUGGGCGAAAAUCAACCCGCAGACGAUUUCCUGUGUUAGUCCUUGCCUGAGACCUUUUUUGUGCAUCAUCUACUAAAAGUCAUUAAUGUAAGCGGGAAGCCUUUAAAAAAUAACAUUCCAGCACCUGAAAUUUGACCGCGCAAUCUUCUACGAGCAGGACACUGCUCAUAGAGACUCGUGUUGAUGCCUGCAUGCGUCGGAUGUUGGACAGUUGUCCGUCAGUUCGGUAUGCAGAGGCCAUAUCGGAUUCUGGCAGGCGUUAUCGGAUUUGCGUGCCAUAACAAAUGCCAACAUUUCGGGGUGCGGUGGCAGACCCGAUUUCCGGCGGACAUUGCGCACACUGGGACCGCUCUGCCUCCCAUUGUUGUUGUGAUUGGUCAAAAACCUGGUCAUUUGCUAUGUGGACCACAGGGUGUGGAGUGGAGCGCCAAGGUGCGAGCUCGACCGUGCCAUUCACCUGUGCCCUCUCCCGCCUCCGGUCUUCUUCGCUCUGUCUCGACACCGAGUCCAGUUGGGAGAGGAUGAGGGAGUGCGGUGGAUGCUGUUCAAGUCCACUGUCACUGUUACGCACAAGUCACCCUCUCUGCCCUCACCUUGCUGUGGGGCACACAGUGGACAUCGUCGGCAACGACGGUCGAACAUGAGAAUGCGAUAUUAAUUCCUGGUAGGCGUCCAUAAAAAUGGCAAAAAAUAGUCUGCAGGCUCAGUGGGAUUCGAACCCACGUCAGCAAGGGCGAGACUUGAAUAGAGCCAACGCUCUAGCCACCGAGCCCGUAGUUUUUCACAACUGGGUCGGAUGUCUUAUGUAAAUCGGCCGGAAACACCUGUUAAUUACGUGAGCAUGGUGUGCUCUAGAUUGCUCGCUUAGGAAAUCCUGCUUGGACAGUCGGCUUACUCUACCAAAAUUUGUGUAUUCCAUACCUUGCAGUAGGUUGGGUGGGUAAUCGACCCAGAUGUAAUCACAAUCACAGACCCCGGUCAGGGCCUCUUCGCUCAGGUGUUUGGAGGGUCAGUUUUACUCAAGCCUUGCCCUUGCUGCCAUGAGUUCGAAUCUCACUGAGGGCGUAGAUUUUCUCACAUUUGGGUCUGACAAAAACAAAUAUUAAUUAAGAUAAUACUCACUUGGCUUAUGUGGUGUCUGUUCUGUUUCAACCGCACUAGAGUAUCUUACCAUGUCCUUUCGAGUUGAAAUGCCUAUUUUAUGGUGAGCAUUUUUGCGAUUCCUCGAAGAAUACUUCUAUAGGUCUGGAAAUGCGCGCUUGUCAAAGCAGAUGAUUGAUUGGUAACGUUAAUGCGCCACUUGAUGGUAUAUACUUACGCAGACUUGCCUGCUUAUUCACCUCAUUUUACCUGAUUUACACUGACUGGAAAAUAAGGUUCCAAGUUUGCGAAGAUUGUGACUACAAAUGUUUUGUUUAUAUGGAUGCCAUCUACUAGAGAACCACUCAGAUGAACACAGAUAUGUUCUAUGGGUGCUGUUAACGUAUAAAAUUGCCUGAAUAUAAGGCAACAUUGAUACUUGCUCUAAAUCAUAAACUUUUUCCUCAAUAAGUUAGGCAAGAUACAUAUUCUGCAUGUGCAAAUAGGCUUCCUUCAUGACGCGCCAAGCUAUCAGGCAAUGUGUACAGUGUUCUAGUAACCCCGAACGGAUCAUCUGGAUUCCGCUCAGCACGUUUCAUCGCUGCGCAUGUGCACAUGAAGUUUGUCGCCAAAGUCUUUCGGUGCAUACCUCAGCGCCGCAAGCGUGUACUAUUGAGCUGGUUUUGACCGUUUUCUUAAAUUUGCCGCCCACUACCCGUAAUUUCGUAAUUUUUGCAUGGGCUACUGCGUAUCGGACCAUCCUAUGAGUGAUGCCUUUUUACGCUUUGAGAUCUGAGAUGAUCUAACACACUUUAAACAACAGAUUGCAUCCGUAUGUCUGAAAAAGAUACUUAAUGUUAUGCUUCUAAAAUUGUGACUUAGAAAGAUGGAUGAGCCGGUGCCCUUUUUCCUGUCCCUGCAUAAACACAACCAGCUUUUGCUCCAUUCAAACCUCUAGCACGAGGUUAAUCUAUCGGUGCAAUAGCAUGACAAAGAGAGUAACGGUAAACUGUCUUUCUGUCAUCAUUUUUACUGCGUUGUCGCAAACUUUCUUAUCUCUCUGUUAUGGCGUAAAGUUUCUUCCCAGAUUUCCACGCACCGUUGCUAAAAUCAUUGUAAAGCACUCAGUUUAGAAAGAUGACUUUUCGUCCUCUCAGUUCCUAUUCAGUGCGCAAUCUUUUGGAAUAACUAAGCACCUGUAGUGUUUUUUCAAAAGUUUUAAGGAAAUUCAAAAAACUGCACUAGUCACUUUAAAUACUGUCAAACCACGAUUCGUUUAUGCGAGUCGGAACCUGUCUAUAUAACAGACUAAAGGAAUUUUAGUUGUUACAAACCUGUAACCGGUACUCAGGAACUUUCACUCGCAUGCAGGCGGAAAUAUUACCUGCAAUGACUUGUUGGUUACGCUUCAUGAAGCCACCAAAGGCAUAUUGCUCGCUCCGCAGUUGGAAAAGAGAGAAAUGCUGCCUACAACGAGAUUGCGUCACACCUUUCAGGCUGUUGUAUGCUAAGGACCCACGUGUUUAGCAACGUUGGCACGGCGACAGCAACCGCUGCACACUUUCAAGAGAAGCCUGCUCUGUGGUGCAGAUGUCCUCACUGGUAGCCGAGAGAACGUGUGUGCACUGGACUGCAGCAUAGAGUGACUAUAUUUAUGCCAGCUCCUACACAGAACGUCAAGACCAUGCCAUCCUCGAUAAUGUCGCGUGCCAAUCCUCAGCACUGGCUCUGGAGCGCUUGAUCAAUCUUCUCCCCGGCGAUGGAGAACGAAUACAUCAGCUCGACCGUGUGCCUCAGCGCGAUAGGUCCGACUCUUCCUCCUGAGAGGACCCAGUUACCCUGUCAGUUUACAGCCUUCUAAGUCGCGGCUUUUGACGCUUUGUGGUAGUUUAAAAGGCUAUCAGUUUGUUUAAAGUGAAGAAAUGUCCUAGUUAACGGUCGGGGCGGAGUUACCAGAGUCGACCUCAUUAUAUUUUCUCUUUCUCAUGGACUAGUGCGCUAACCAAGCCGGUCCGCCACUUGAAGCUGAGGUUGGACGCAAGUGGCUGGCGAGGCGUCAGCCUGAGCCCAGGUAUGCCGCCACAGCUCCCCAUGUGUGACAUUUGUUAUGGAUGCACAGUCCCGAUAACGCUUUUCGUGCCUGUGUUGGUCCAGCGCAUCUCCCGCGUGACCCAUUUGUGGGGGCCAUAAAACGAAUUCAAAAAGCCCAAGAACCACUUCUACGUCUUAGCCAACUGUGUCGACCCGGACUUUGAUUUGCCCUCUUAUUCGACACCUCCAGGUAAGCAGUGGCGCCGGUCAAGACCAGCGACAAUGAAAUCAUUAGGUGUCCAAACCACCUUAGUCGUCUUGCUUGAGUGGACUGAGAUAUCCUGACGGUGUUGUCGUAGCGAGUCAGUGUACAUACUUUACGUGUAGGAUGGUUCUCAGGCAGCGGUAGUUAAGCACCUCCCGUCUUCGCAUGGCUUCCACGCGCACAGUCCAGCAUUCAUAACUGCAUGUGAGCUGACCGGACGGAUGUCCGAUGUAAGCGGAUCUUUGUGGCGAUGGAGAUAUCACGUCGAGUACGGGAGACGAUAUUGUCUUUACUCUGUUCAUUCGACAGACCCUUCGACCCGUGGUACUCUAAGCUGUCUACCUUUUUAAUUCGACAACUGUUAAUCCCAGGGGAUGCUUUCUGGUGUCACGCGGCACCACACUGUUAUUCACCAGUCCGAGGUCAGCAGAGCGGUAUAGCCAGCGUAGUGGAGACCACUUAGCCGACACCCAGUCGCAAAUUCAACACCGUCAAAUUCGUGUAGGGUCCUUUUUCGAAUUCAAUAGCUGGCGUAGUUUAAUAAAAUUGGCAGCAGAUUACAACCAUGCGGAACGCCAGGCCGAGUAUCGGACUGCUGGGAGAGGGUUGUGAACCAGAACCCGCGCAGUGGUGGAGCGAUAGUAGGCCCUGAUCACUUCUUAGCAUAGCGUCUAUUUCCAUUAUCCACAACAGACGACCGUCACUUGUUGGUAGCUAUGAAAAAAUUCAAGAGUGUGCGAUGGUGCGUAGAUCUGGUUGGCAUCCACCCCCAACUCGGAAGUCGGCUUGCUUGGGUUUCGUUCUCGGAUCUUGCAUGCUCAGAAAUCUACAAGUGGCAAUUGCGAAGACCUUUGCAGUAUCGUCAAUGAGGCUUAUGCCGCGGUACCUUCGUAAGUUCCUUUAUCUCCCCUCUUGAAAAUGGACACGAUAAUGACCGAUCUCCAGUCAUCAGGAACAAGCUCGUCUUACAGUUGCCCAAUCACCUCCUGGAACCGGGGCGCCAGUGUCGACACAAGUCAUGUAGACUUCUGUUACAAUACCGUUUACUCCGCGCACCUUGUCGUUGUGCAGCCUCCGUACUGCAUCAUCAACUGUGUCCUUGAGUAGGAGAGGGUGGGAGUCACAUAAUACUGCGUAAGGUGGAGAGGGAUAAAACUCGGACUCAGAGGAAGGCGGAUGAGUGAUGAAUUUAUUUUUUAAUGUCGGAACGCUGCCUCAAAUGCACAUAUCAUACAUGUACUUGGUACAUCUGCGAUCAUGCCUGAUCUAGCUGGCCUCGAUACUGUCCCGAAUUGUACCUCUCCACGCGUGACGAUCCGCGGCAUCAGAUCAGGACAUUCUCUUCGUCAACCACGGAGGCCACGGCAUCUGGGCCGAGUCGUCUGAUAAAUUCUUCCGCCGACCCAGCCAUUCCGACCAUGGUCUACCACCAUCGUUUCAAUACUAGGUCAACAGAUGUUUGUUGCGGUGUUGAAAACACGCGUGGUGACAAACAGUCGAUUCUGGUCAGCAGUGUUCAACAUUCACCAUUAUCGCAUCAAGAGCUGAGCCCAAAGCGACCACUAAGGUGACUGCUUGACGAGUCGCCGGCUCCUGUCUGGCCAUCUUAGUUUUUGGCAAUAAUCAGCGGAUCAUAGCAACGGAAUCCUUCAACUUCUUUCUGCAAAUUUCUAGGAGGUUUAUUUAUCGCACUGGUCGGCAGCUAAUGUUACUGCGUACUCGAGGACGACAGAGGCUUUCGUAAAAUAGCCGUUCAGUCGCACGUAAGCCAGUCGGCAACCCACUGGUUCCCACGCAAGCAGUGCUUCUUGUGGUUGUUGAGAGAAGGCGAUCGCCAUACUGUGUCUGCCAAAGAACACUGCGUAGACCUCUGGUAUAGGACCAAGUGGGAGUUGACCUCAGAGAUGUUCAUUUUCGAACGCUUGGGUCGAGGAUUCUGACUUCGUACGGACAGCAGGUAUCCAUGCCGCGCUGAUGAAAACCGCCUGCCUUCAGACUUUGGUGUAUGAUUACCCUGUCCCGACAGAACUUUCCCUGUAAGUUGCUAAAAUUCGUCUUACUUAUUUCUUUUUGUCGCGGACACUUUGAAUGGGUGGUAAGCCCCGACACUGUCACUGUCAUGUAUAUCAACUUGGUCUGGGCCACGGUUCAGCUGGGAUUGCAAGACAAAUUUUGCAUGUGCUAAAGUCUCCAAGUUGCAUCGAUAUGACCUUUCUCUAUGCACAUUUUGCGGCCAUUGCGACAUCAUUAUAAAUGUUCAAAAUGAUUGGUCAUCCGUUUACCAUCUGAUUGAUUUUCAAUUUGCUUUUAGAUCAGCAACUGUUCUGACAAGCAGGCGCUGCCGGCUGUCUUUAUUGAUACAGUAAGUCGCUCUAUAUGAUCCAGUUGCAGAAUUUAUCUUAGACAUGUGGCUUCCUCUAGUCCAGAGUACCAGCGUGCAAUGUUUUGCGUCUUGCCUCUUUCCCACAGGCCAAGAAGUUUGACCCGACACAGGUGGAUCUCUACACUGGUGUAAGUCUUUUGUUGUCUCCUACUAACUGUAGCCAGACCAUAGCUCUCAAUCGGUAGUCCCUGUUUUCCUUAUUCGCUGCGCCUGAUUAGAGCCGUUUUUCCACUAAUUCCGACUAGGGCAUUUUUCUGGGUUGCGAGUUCGGCAUCGUAGCUCUGUUCAUUUGGGCUAUCGGCUUGCUGGCUGCCGGCCAAUCGUCCACGAUGACGGGCACCUACGCUGGUCAGUACACUAUGGAGGGCUUCCUAAAUCUGCACUGGAAACAAUGGCAAAGGCAACUUCUCACGCGCUCCAUCGCUGUACUUCCCACUCUCUUUGUAACAGCCUAUCAAGGUAAGCACAUUUCGCUGCGUUCGGUUUUACUACUCACCACUUCACCCACCGGUAAAUUCCCGUCCUCAUACUUUCGUAGAUUACGUAUACAGGAGUCCUUUCUGUCCUUGUAUGCGUAAAGGUCUCAGCAACUUUAUCGAUAAAUGCAGGGAAGUUGUAAUGGCAAUUUCUGGUUUAUCUUCUCCUCGCAUUAUAGCCGUACAUCCAAAGGAGAGCUGGAAAGUCCUAAGAUUCGAAUCCGGAUCUGUAGCUUCCUAGUCCAUAUAUCCGGUCAAACCUGUCUGCUGGCUGAUGGCUGCAUUUGGACCCGUUGGAAAACUCCCUUUGUUUGCUACUUUGCUACUUGCCUGGAAUGCAGUGCUCGCAUUGUCUCUAUAUUUGGCGUCUUCACUUUUUUUUAAAAAUCUGAUAUUGCUUAUUUUUACCCCCGAAACGAAAACACCCAAGUUCUUAAAAGUGCAGUUUGCAGGCGUAAUGUUGUUAAGCAGCAUGUUUCAGUCUCAGCACACUUCAAAACAAUAAUUUCCGUAGUGAAAGUUGAAUCUACUCCGAGCGAAAACGCUGUAACUUUGAAGGAGCCUAAAACGCGGACAGCAUUGUACUUAGUGUCGAAAACAUGCCGUGUAUGAUUUUCUCGUGGUCUUGGAAAGCAAACACUUAUCGCUAGUAGGUCAUUAAAAGGACUUGAGCAAAUUUUCACUAUAGAAGGCCUCAUCCAUUUUUCACUCGCAGUGUUUUAUCUGCAUUUCAGGCAUCGAAAAUCUCACAGAAAUGAACGACUUGUUGAACGUUCUAAUGAGUCUGCAGCUUCCCUUUGCAGUUAUCCCCCUCUUAACCUUUACCGGCUCAAAGAAAAUAAUGGGCAGCUUUAUGAGCUCAGUGUAAGUUAAGCAUUUGCACUUUAUUUCUCUUAAGGGGAGAGCUUCUUGCCUUACGACGUGUGUGCCUUACGACUUGUGCAUUCAUUUUUGCUUCAGUCCCUCCAAGAUCAUAUCAUCGACAAUAUCAAUGGCUGUGAUUGGCGUAAAUAUGUUCUUUGUGGGCGCUUUUAUCAAGGCUCGUGUGCCUCCUCAUUGGGCCGCCUACGUCGGCGUGGCUGUGCUGGUGAUUGCCUACCUCUCAUUCAUUGCCUAUCUGGUAAGACAUCACUUCAGUUUUUGCCCAUUCCCACACCUUUUGUGUACAUUAGUCUCUCCUGAAACUGGAUAAAAAUAGGUCGGAGGAGCGUACAGGGGUUUGGCGUGUUGCACAGCUUCCUCUCUGGCAGGCUGCGGUCAUCGCAGACGUUGAUAGUUCGCGUAAGGAUUGUUUUGCGACCUUUUCAGCACCUCCUCCAGGUUAUUGUUUGUUACGUUCUUGCCGUAACGCUUAGCUGGUGGUCCGUUCUACAACUCUCCGCGAUCGAAUCCCCUAAUAAGAACUCAUAGCAAAUGCGGAAGAACAAGAAGUCUAUUUGCUGUGUACUAAAAGGCGAAAAUCUGGCGGUACAAACAGAAAUGUCCGUGGCCAGCUAGGAGUUGAACCAAUUAGACAAUGCCCUUGAUCUGUUAGCAUGUCGACUGGGCUUCUGAUCCACCUGAGCGGCUGGGCAACCAUCCAGUCCUGCCUGUGGCCGGCACGAUAUCAACACGCGCACGCGUGCGAGCGGAUCGAUAGGACGGCGUGUGAGCGCGUCGCUAGGGCGGCGAAAAAAAUUGUGGACGCUGUGAGCGUUCUGGGCAGACUUAGGGACGGUCCCCGAUGGUGUGGUCUCCUGCCCGAGGGUAGUCCAUUGCCCACUGCACCAGAAAAGCCCCAUGCGUCACCAGCGACUAACGUCGCCCACUCCGCGCGUUUGCUUGAACAAUCACAAGGAUGCCACCUUACCGGAGUUGCCACGCUACUGUCUUUAGCAGUAUGCGGUGGCGAUUUGCGGUUUGGAAACCUACCUCCGUCUUUAUCUGGGUCCACUUUCCACCAAGCCUCUCGUGGCGACCAAUCUGGAUCAGAAGAUUGUGGUUCGAACACAGAAGCUGCAGCCGCCGGAUGAUAACGAAAACGCCAGUUGUGAAAAAGCAUGGUUCGUCGGUUCGCCGCGUUCACUCUUCUCUAUCGCCAAAUUUACUGUUCGGAAUCUCUGCGUGAUGAGAAACUUGCAAACGCAAGCCCUGACAGCGGUAUCGGGACGGUUUAUCUACUCCUCUGUCAGCCACCAACCAACAUCUUAGUGACAAUAUGGCACAGAGGUGGCGUCAGCUGAGUACAGAUGUGUGUGCGUGUGUGUGUUUGUGUGACGUCGAAUAGUAUUCGCCGCUGCCAUCCUAACUCGUACGUCCAAACACCAGUAUGGAAAGGACGGUCCUUGCGGAUUGAAAGAGAGAAUUUGGAUAUCUGUAAGAAGUCGCUUUUAUAUCAAGUUUUAUCUAGAACCCAAGGUUCUAUCCUCAAUGAUUUUUUCUUUAUUUUGAAUUUUUUCAAUCACACUUUCUACCUGUUGCACACCUCUCUUACAUAAGCAUUCCCUCCCUCUGCAGGCCUGGGUCGCGGUUUCGAAAACAGAGCAUUGUCGGUCCAGGGUGAGUCUUACUAGAGUCGCAGUUUUUACUUCAACAGGUUGUCUGGUGUAUAUUAGCUUUGACCCAGAUGAAAACUUGACAAUGCAAAUGCAGUGAACGUGUUUUUCGUAAAUCCCACACCUUCUAGCAUUUGUUGCAUCACUAGUUUUAUCCAUUGUAAACACUACAACUACAUUUAGGAACUUUUGCAACUUAACUACUUUAAGUGCAUAUCUUUACCGAUUAAGUGGAUUUCUAAAGGUUUCUGUCAUUUACUGUAAAUAUACUGACUAUACAGAUUGAUAUACAUGUAUAUAGGUAGAAUGACAUUAUCAACAAAAACAAGGCAGACUGGAAUGGCCACUUCUGGCUAAUCAACCAUCGUCAGCCUAUGCCUGAUAGUUAGAAACCCAACGUCUCUAACCACUGAGCCACGGACUCGUUGUCAUGUCUAUUACGAUGGGGUGUAUACAAUUGCUAAGGCACAAGGGGACGAGUGAGUUCUGCAGCGCGAUCGGUGAGCGCCCCUCUACCAUUGUACAUACCCGAUCUCAACCGACAGGACGAGCCCGUUACUCAGUGGUUAUGGGCGUUGGACUUCCAACCAAUAGAUCGCGGAUCGAGGUGUUGUCUACAAAAUCCCAUGUUCCAAUUUUGGUGCCGUCUAUUGUGGCCAAACUGGGAAAUCUGUCUCGAACCGUAUAUAUGAACAUCAGCUGUCGGUGAAGAGACGCAACCAUCUAUCCCAGGUGGCCGUACACACACUGGACAGUGGACACAAAUUUGCGUGGGAGAACACUCGCAUUAUUGGCGCCCGCCCAAUAAGGAAAAGCCGAGAAUUCUUGGAGGCAGUGCACUCAUGAGGCACGCAUAGGCCGGCAUAUCGAUCUGAAUGCCACGUGCAAAAUCGUUAAGAACAAAUUCAAAGUUUCUCAGCCAAUCUCGAGGAGAUGACAAACUGCAACCAACACGUUUUGGCUCAGACUUCAGCCAAUCAUUGAAUCCUUUGCCAGACUCGAUUUAGAAGUCAAUUGCAUUUGCACUCGCGUGGUCUGACGACAAGCUGGUGAUCCAGUCUCGAAAAUGUACACAAUAGAGCGUGCUGUUUCCCAAAGAAUUCCAUCCUAAUAUAAACACUCGUAUAUAUUGGCAGCGGGGGGCUCAGAGGUGGUUUCUGCGGGAUUCACUCGUCCCGUUUUGCCAUAUGGGCUCUCUCGAGCCCAACCAGCAGGCGCAUGAUGUAGGCGGAAUGGUAUUACCCACAAAGACAAGGGAGAUUGGAAUGGCCAUUUCCGGCUUAUUUGCCGUCUUCAGCCAGCCAUACCCAAUCCCGAAGUGUUGGACACCUGGGGCUCGAUUUCGCGACCUGUUAGUUAGAAGUCUAACGCCGGCUAAUAAGCCAGACAUGGCCAUUCCAGUCUCCCUUGUCUUUGUCCGUAAAAAUGGAAUGUCUUGGUGCAACGCUGCAGGGUGAUUAGUAUUGCAACCCUUCUAAGGUGACCUUUGGAAUUGGAAACACAUUUGAGAAUUUCAGUCAACAUUGUAUUAGAUGGCACAUCUACUGUGCAUUGAGAAAGAAGAGGCUCUUUAGAAAAGGUCGAGCCAUACUCGUGAAUUUUGAAGUUGGCGGAACCAACGCGCCGUCGGACGGGCCGCAUUGGUGUUUGAGGGCAUUCAAAGAGAUAAACGUCCUCGGGAUAGCGGCGGGAUGUGGUGUGCGUUGUGUUUUGAUGGAUGCCGUUGGCGAUGGGAGAGCUGUGUCACACUUAUGGCUACCCCGUCGGGAGGCGGUGAGAUGAUAGUGUGUCGGCGAGUUUCUACACCUCCGUGCAUGCAUUAUCAGCUGUCGUUUUUAGGGUGGUCGUCGGUCAGUGAACCGAGAUCGGAGACGCCCUUUGAUUGCGUCUAGGCCAACCUGGCGUCUGAUGCUGUCCAUAUCGGAAUACCAAACCUCGAGAAAUUCCCACGCUUGUUUUAUGUUAGCCUUGGCGAUCACUCCAUUACCGGCCCAACAGAAACCCGGUCAGCUUUGUGAAAAACUGUCUCAGACGUCAUUGGCAACUAUAAAACUCUCACUCUGGGCGAGAAACGAAAAUUUAUCAUCCUGUACUAAGUUCUAAGAAUUUCCGAAGUUAUAGCCCGAAAAUCAAACCGUCUUUUUCAUCUCUGUCUUCCACGAGUCGGCUUCCUCCAUACGCACAGCAUUAUCCCGGGUAAUACACCCCACACCCAAGGAGCGGCAAACAGGCGUCAUUUAUGGCAUCUCAUGCGCAACUGCCCUUGCGUUUAUGUUGGCCGUACGGGCCGAACCCUUAGGACCCUCAUCAACCCACACGAUCUGGCUAUCUGCUGACGUGACCCCUUUUUAAUCGUGCUUGGGCACGCCCUUGUGUGUGGCUACCGUUUCUAGUGAUUGAAGAGCAUCACACAUGAUAUUGUGCACAUUCUCUCGGACAGGCCACUGGUAUACGACAGAGGGAAGAAAGAAUUAAAAGAUUAAGCUCGGAUCCAGCGCCAAAUGCCCAAGCGUCUUGGCUUUGGGCGAGGCUAAAGUCCAUUUCACUGUAAACAAACUAACGCGCCAGCCACGGCUGUACUAUCCUAGUUUGUAAACUUUUAUAUGAAAAUUGUUCUCGCAGGCAAUAUCGCAAGCCGUUAUGCACGAAUAUACGGGCAAGAACUGGUAGCUCGGAGGAGUGAUCCCCUCUCAUCUCUCCCCACUUACGCCGUACAGUUAGUUUCUGAACUUUACUUCACUGUCACAUGCAUAAUGGUGGGUCCGCUAACAAGUCAGGUGGAGAGUUGCAGAUGGCCUAGAGCUCUGGCAAUAAAUCCAUGAACCGGCGAAUCGUUCUUUCUUCCUUAUGCAUGUUUCCCGCCAGAUGCUGUGACCAACCAAGGCAGAAUUUUCACCACUGGCGAACUUUCGCACAGUUCAUCAGUCUCAGGCUGUUUCAGCGAUCGACUUCCUUUCAGCAAACAUCCUGAAGUCGAGUAGUGCCCUACCCCGAGCGCCUGCUCCAAUGCAGGGCCACCCGAGUGUCUAAACAUACGCACCAGGGCUCCCUGGCAUUCGUCCACCCGGCUUUCCAACCGACCAAUCAGAUUCCAGGCCGAGUCAGAUGCGGCCUGUCCUACGACCCUGUGACGCGUCCCCUCUGACACUUGGCACGCCGUUCAGCCGACACUGGACGUGCCCUCGUCCGGCUGCUGACUAUCUCCAGCGGCCGCUCACGUUGUUCUGUACAGAAUAUACUAUCCUCCCAACUGGCGUCCCACUUCUCUUUCCAUUCGGGACCGGGCCUGAAGGUUGUGGUAGCCGGGGUCUGACACACGGCAUAGACUGCUGCGAUAGUUGCAUCUCCUAACUGUAACCUCGUUUAUGCAGUUUCUUUAAAUUGAAGACGUAUAUUCUAUUUAUCGCCCCGGUACUAAUGACAGAUUGAGAUAAUUCAACGCGGAUGGGCGGGGCAUGGCCAGAAGUUUUGCUUUGCGGUCAAGUUCGUACGAAUACGGACAAUGAUUAUGCUGAUAGUGAUGUUUCUGUGCUCCUCUGCCGGAUUUGUUUGACUGUCUGUAUAUGCCGCAGUUUGCGUUUCCGUGCGCCCGGUUGUCCGGUUAAUAAUUUGGUUAGAGCAGUUUAUGUCUCUGUAGAUGAAACUUGACUGUUACUGGAAGCCUUUAUUUCUUCUGCCUGCGCACGUGCUGUAUUUUGUCUAAAUUUUGAAUAAGAUCUUUCUUCUCGGCUCAAGGGAGUUACAUUUCGGCGGAAAACCUGAUUCAGGUAUUGAUUGUCUGGGUACUUACCUCUCUUUAAGACGAUUUUGCUCUUCGUUCCUUUGGGCUUUGCCGUGCCACUUCUUGAAGUGCCCUUUGCACAUGCCUCGCUCCUGCAUCUCGCCGUUUCUACCCAUUCUUUUUUCGACCUGUUGGGCUCUGUUGUGUGACUCUUGAAAGUUCUUCAUAUAUCGCGGCCUUUUUGCAGUCGCAACAACGGCGUUCGUAAGUUUUUGCAUGUACUUUUGCUCCUUCUACACCGCCAUAAUCGUGCACCAGUCCGAUCUGUACUUCCGUGCUUUCGUCUAUUCUUUCCGAUUCCAAAUUAUUUUCUCUGCCCGACGGAAUUCGUAGCUUGCGCAUGCCGGUAUCUUGCCGUCCACCCGCUAGAAUUUUCUUUCAAUUAAAACCGUGUUUUGUCCUGUUUCUUUUUUAGCGUACUCGGAUACAACAGCCAUCCGACAUGCCGUUUGAGGAAUUAACCCCGCCCUCAGGGCUAUCGGUUCCGAUUUCAGAGCAGGAGAUAUAUCUUCCAAGAGCCAAAAUUCCUCACUUACUGAUUUGA